CAACAUUCCCUUACUCUGGACAUUUGUAUGCUCUCGACAGCAGCAGCAGAUGGGCCGUUUCCGGAGUCAAGUUCUGUAUUACACCGCAGGUGGUCGAGAGCAUUGCCCGACCGUCCGCAUCGAUCGUCGACUUCAUCGUUGCCAUCGCCGAGAGGAUGCUGGGCAACUACACAAAAGUCAGCUUGAUUCAAACGCUUCGUCCGGGCGACCACGUGUGUGUGUGGGACGAGAGUCGGUGGCCGAUCCGGUACCAGCAUCACGGGAUAGUGUGGACGCAAGGCGACAGCGAAGAAACCAUUCAAGUGUGCCAUGUGUGGAGUCCACUCAACGGAUACCAGGAAGCGCAGGCCGACUCGUGUGUGCGUGUGUCGACGCUGCGCGAGUUCCUGUCGAAGCGCAAGAUCUCGAGCCUCCGUGUCGUCGAGUACAACACAAGCAACCUUCGCGAACUCUUGUCCAAGUGGGGCGAGGUACACUACAGCAAAGCGGACUUGCCAGAAGUUGUUCUCGCGCGGUGCAAGUUUCUCAUGGGGCUCGGCAAAGGCGAGUUCAACAUCUUUUCGCAAAACUGCGAACACUAUGCGCACUGGUGCAUGACGGGCGAACAGUGGUGCAAGCAGGUUAUGACCAAGCCCAAGACGCGCGUCCCGUUUGAACACCAGAUCGCGCCGGAGCAAGUGCUUGCGAUGGAAGAGGAGAUUGAAGCGAUCAAAGGCGUGAGCCGCGGUGUGGUCGACAAGGUUCUCGCGCUCGACGGUCAAAAGGUUCGGCUGCGCGUGAAUGGAUACCGCAACCGCUACGUCGUGGUGCUCCCGACGGGCCAGGUGUCCGUGGCCGACAUUGCAGACGUGGCCCCGACCGCCACCCCUGCCGUAUUCGAGCUGCACGCAACGGCGAAGGUGUACAACUGCGUCAAGAUUAGCCUGCGCGCGCCAGGCACCAACACGUACAUGUUUUCGCGGAGCACGUUGAGUUGCUUUCGCGACAUCCGCAUGAAGAACUUCAACUGCUGCCGCGGCCGUCCUGGGCUCACGUGGGAGCUCAGCUCGAACGGGUACAUGAAGAGCAUGAACCAGCACCGCCGGUACAUUGGGAUCCGGUCGGAAGAUCACCGCCUCGUGGAUGUGAGCAUGCGCGGCGACGCGGCGCGCGUUGAGCUCGUUCCGGUCGAUGCGACGCAGGAAGAGCCGCCCGAGUACGACGCAGCGAUUCGAAAGCUGCCGUCGUCACUGUCAUUGGACGUGUGGCUGUCAUCCAGGGACCUGGACGCCCAGGACGACGCGCGCCUCGCCAAGCUAGACGAACAGCUCGAGACCGACCUCGCGACGCCGUAUGCACAUGUCAACAGCAUGUAGAACUCCGAUGAACGGGCCAGAAAACCAAACCGAACGAUUCCAACCUAUUUCUAAACCAGCACUCUGUUGCCUUG